AAAAGCAUAAAACCUAAACAGAGUCCAGCAGCUGCAAUACACACAGGGACGGCCAGAAGAAAGACUGGAAACACUAAAAGGAGACUUUUCCCCUGGAAGUAAGAAAGGAAGAGCUCCAGCAGACAAGAGGCCAUGGGCUGCUGGAAGCAGGAGAAAAGCAACACCUGGACUUUUCCCACCCUGAUUCUCUGCCUCUAUGGAUUCUUCUACAUGAUGAAACCAUCAGAACCUUUCCUAACACCCUAUCUAACAGGACCAGAUAAAAACCUGACCACAGAUGAGGUUACCAACCAGAUUUUGCCCGUUUGGACAUACUCCUACCUCGCCCUCCUGUUCCCAGUCUUCCUGCUCACAGAUUACCUGCGCUACAAGCCCGUCCUCCUCCUCCAGGGCAUCAGCCUCAUCAUCACCUGGCUCCUGCUCCUCUUUGCACACGGAGUGCUGGCCAUGCAGGUGGUGGAAUUCUUCUACGGGAUGGUGACGGCCACUGAGGUGGCCUAUUACGCCUACAUCUACAGCGUGGUCAGCACCGACCGCUACCAGAGGGUGACGAGCUACUGCAGGAGCAGCACUCUGGUGGCAGCCACUGUUGCUGCCGUGCUGGGACAGCUGCUGGUGUCCUUGGCAGACGUGUCCUACUUCUACCUCAACGCCAUUUCUCUGGCUUCCGUGGCCCUGGCGUUCCUGUGUGCCUUUUUCCUCCCCAUGCCCCAGAAGAGCAUGUUCUUCCACAGGAAAGAUGCCUCCCAGUCUCUCCCAGGGCCUGACAAAGUUGCGGCUCCGGCCGGUUCUGACCGUCCCUCGAGCUGCCAAGAGGACACGAGCUCCGACUCCGCUGCCAGGGGCCCAACAUCCCAACAGCAGGCUGGGAAUGCCAAGCCCCGGAAUCACAUGCUCAGAGUGCUGGUGCAGCUGAGCAAGGACCUGAGGGAUUGCUACAGCUCCAGGAAACUUCUCUACUGGUCCCUGUGGUGGGCUCUGGCUACGGCCGGCUUUAACCAAGUCCUGAAUUACAUCCAAGUGCUGUGGGAUUUCCGAGCCCCCUCUCACAGCUCUGCAGUGUACAAUGGAGCUGUCGAAGCACUAGCAACUUUUCUGAGCUCAGUAACGUCUUUCCUAGUACAGUAUAUGAAAAUUAACUGGGACCUGUUUGGAGAACUGGCUUUAGGGAUCUUCUCUGCGGUAGAUGCCGGUUCUCUGUUUCUCAUGCACUUCUCUACCAACAUCUGGGCGUGUUACGCUGGCUAUCUCAUUUUCAAGGCCUGCUAUAUGCUCCUGCUGACAAUAGCAACGUUCCAGAUUGCCAUCAAUCUGAGCAUGGAACGCUAUGCUUUGAUGUUUGGAUUCAACAACUUCAUUGCCCUGGUGAUUCAGACCAUUCUUACAGUAGUUGUUGUGGAUUCGAGAGGCCUGGGGCUGGACAUAGUGACUCAGUUUUUAAUUUAUGGCAGCUACUUUGCAGUCAUACACGGGAUUUUCAUGAUCAGAAGCAUUUGUGUGCUUGUCUCAAGCAAAUGCAAAAGGAAAAUAGCAAGAUGUUGCAAAGAGCAGCUGAACCAUGCUGAGCACGAAUCCAGAGAGCAGAUUGUCACAGGCUAUUUGACUCGGCUGUAGGAGGCAGGGAGGCUCCUUGGCCAGGCCCUCCUGGGAGAAGAGCUCAGGUUGCAGCAUGCAGGGAACAGCAGUGCAAGAAGAACGUUCAACACAGCCCUGGAAAGCUGCGCUGAAUCACUGCAGCACUUCAGCACAACAUAUGCCAGCUCAGAGCUCACAUAACGGCUCUGUGCCAAGAAUAAAAGCUAAAUUGCUUUAGAUUCUUAUUUACUUGCCUAUAAAGAGCUUAACAGCAGUAAUUUAUACCCAGAAGCACAACCACCACCUUUUCAUCUCCUCCCUGUGCACGAUAGCAAAGACCAGAGUUCACCCUGCCUUGUUGUUCUGGCUCCUGUGUGCGGCGCUGGCAAAGCUGCUUCCAACCACAUUUGAUCCUGCACGUGGGUGAAGGGUCUGUCCUCCCUUUGCACAUCCCUUGUUCUGAAUCAAGGAAGAAAGGAUUGUGUCUGCAUCAUUAUAUUCUUUCCUACCCAAGUGCAGGCAGAUGGGCUGACAGGCUCCUCCUGCCUAAUUGAACAGCCCACGUCAGAGGGGGCCUCGUGCAGGGUUUGCACAUCCCACCCCAGGGGUUUCACUCCAACACUGCUAAGCCACAGUUGUUGCUUGACCCACAUUUGAAAGCUGCAACCACUUCACUGACUUCAUAGAAAUCUCUGCCGAGAAGCAAGAAACUUCCAAGUCCAAACAAAAUGAAAAAGUCCCUCUCCUUUCCUCGUGCUCCCAGUAAAAUUAAAUUCAGGACUGACUUUCUAUUUCAACAAGAAAAGAAAAAAGCUACCAAGGGGCUUAAGUAGUAUGGACUAAAACUAGAGAAGUACAUUGUGGAGAAAUAUGGCUGAUUCCACACAGGAAAAUUCCAGGUUAACAGGAAUAUCCAAGAUUUAUAACUGAAACAAACAUCAUGUGUGCUUUUGAAUGCCAAGUGAGGGAAGUCCACUGAUCUUGGUCAAGAAUUUGGCAGGGUCAGCAUCUCAGAAUUUAUCAAGAAACUUCAAGUCCUACAGCUAAUUUAGUCCAACACAAAGGACAGUUAGUCCAGGAGAAGAAACAAGAGACUAUAAAUGAGUUUUCAUGGUGAAUACCUAAUUUAAUAUGAUUGAUAUCCAUAUGCUAAAGUUAUUUCUGUACUGCUGUUUGCUUCUAGCCUCCAAUACCUACACCUAAGUAAUAAAAAUAGAAAACAUCUAGCAUUUACAGAAUAAUAUUUUUCCUGUGGAGACACAAACUAUCAUUUGUACAAACAUACCUGCUUUUUAUACCAGUCACAUAUUGCAACUAGACAAAGUGCCCAGAGGUGAGGGCAGGCAGGAGAGAAGCAAUUUGUUACAAGUCACAAGAAGAAUCAGUAGGAUCUGACCAAAUGAACCUGGCUAGAUUUUUUAGGCUUUUUGUUUACUGUUGUGCAUGGUGUGGACAUUCUCUAUU